CAAAACACAAUAAUCUCUUAAUCCAAAUCCCAAUUACCGAAUUACCCAUGGUCCCAUCCUAGCCGUUACAGCCCCUUUUAGCCCUUUAACGGUCCCACAUUCACUAAAUCUCCCAGGUCAUUAUCGUCAUUACACACUAAAACCCCCCAAGAAAACAACACUCUCACUUACUCCCCAGCUCUCACUUCAACAGUUCAGUUCAUUACUUUAAUCUCAGUUCUUCCUUCUCUUAGGGUUUGCUUAUCGGCGAUUAAAAAAUCAUGGCAUCUACUUCUUCCGAUCCCGGCCUCAAACCGGAACUCGGAAUCGGCGGCGGCGGCGGAGAGAGCUCAGAGGCAGUGAUAGCAAAUGAUCAGUUAUUAAUGUACAGAGGAAUAAAGAAAGCAAAAAAAGACAGAGGCUGUACUGCUAAAGAACGUAUAAGCAAAAUGCCCCCUUGUACUGCCGGUAAACGGAGCUCCAUUUACCGUGGAGUUACUAGGCAUAGAUGGACUGGUAGAUAUGAAGCUCAUCUUUGGGAUAAAAGCACGUGGAACCAGAAUCAGAAUAAGAAGGGAAAGCAAGUAUACUUGGGAGCAUAUGAUGAUGAGGAGGCUGCAGCAAGAGCAUAUGAUCUUGCUGCCUUAAAGUAUUGGGGUCCUGGGACACUUAUUAAUUUUCCGGUCACUGAUUAUAGUAGAGAUCUUGAAGAAAUGCAGAAUAUGUCAAGAGAAGAGUACCUAGCAUCUCUUCGGAGGAAGAGUAGUGCCUUUUCUAGAGGAAUAUCUAAAUACCGUGGGCUUUCCAGCAGUCGAUGGGAUUCCUCAUAUGGUCGCAUGCCUGGAUCUGAAUAUAUCAGUAGCAUAAAUUAUGGUGCAGCGGAUGAUCCAGCACCGGAAAGCGAGUAUGUUGGGAGUCUUUGUUUUGAUAGGAAAAUUGAUCUUACAAGUUACAUCAAAUGGUGGGGGUCCAACAAAACUCGUGAUUCUGUGUCAAAGUCAUCCGAGGAAGAUAUCGGUGAACUUAAAUCAUUGGAAUGGGCAUUCCAGCGCACUGAGCCCUACGAAAUGCCUCUAUUGGGCAUGCCUUUUGAUGGGAAAAGGCAUAAGCGAUCCAAGAUAUCUGCCUUGAGCAUUUUAUCACGAUCAGCUGCUUACAAGAACUUGCAAGAGAAGGCAUCAAAAAAGCAAGAAAAUUGUGAUAAUGAGGAGAAUAAAAAUAAAACUACCAAUAAAAUGGAUUAUGGGAAAGCAGUUGAGAAGUCUACAAGUCACGAUGACAGUAAUGAGAGACUUGCAGCUCCAUUAGGAAUGAGCGGGGGACUGUCUCUUCAGAGAAAUGUGUAUCAACUGGCCCCUUUCUUGUCUGCUCCGCUUCUGACCAGCUACAAUACGGUUGAUCCCUUAGUAGAUCCCAUCCUGUGGACAUCUAUGGUUCCUGUUCUUCCUGCUGGACUUUCUCGUAAUUCUGAGGUGACAAAGACAGAGACGAGUUCAAGUUAUAGUUUGUUUCGAGCAGAGGAAUGAGUGCAAUUCCAAUGUUUGUUCGGCGUUGCUUAUGAAUCAUAAGAAGAUAAAAGAUGUAGUGACAGUGCUCUCUUAAGGAUAGGUUGAAGAAAGGGAAGUGGUAAUGUAUAUUGAUGACAUCGUGUAGAGGAGGUUCAACAGAUGCAGGAGUAGUAGUAUUUCAUGAUGUUCCAAAGCCUAUAAUAUAUAUGAGAUCUAUAUCUGAGAGUUAAAAUGAGCACACUACUUAGCUACAACAGCUACAUACACACUUGUAUAGAUCACAAAUUCUCGCAUUUACGAAAUUUUUACUUUUUAUUCA